UAGUUUACACAAGCAGCAGGAAUCAUCUUAAUUUCGGAAUGCUCUUGGUCCGAGAGUAAACCCUUGUCACCCCAAUCCCUCCCACCCCGCCCUCUGACCGUGUCUUUAAAGCUUCUUGGGUCUUCUCGACAUCCUGUUUGCUGCGAAUCACCCAUGUAGUCAUGAUAUGCACGCGCUUCCCCGCUUGACAAUGGAUGAAAUGGUCAUCGAUUAUUGGGGCAAGAUUGCCGUACGAGACAAUCACCCGAAUUGGCUUAUCGACGGGCGAAGCGAGCUGUCGCCGUCAUGCACACCCUCCCCACGACCACGACCACGACGGAUCAUCAUUACCAUGCGUGCAUGCCUUGCUUGUAUCCACCAAGUUGGCUGCCUAUUCCGCCCCUUUGGGUUCCGCCUGGUUUUCCUUCCUUGGCAGUGGAGCGUUCGUGGGAACGAAACUAUUGACAUGGAUCCGUCACGGUCAACGAGAUGUACACUACCGGGUCUGUCAACUGUCAUCCUUGGCUUCUCUCGCGCCGACGACUGCAUACUUUGUACGCCGUGCGUAGCCCAGCCCCUGUGGAGCCUCGCAAGGUUGGUCACAACAAUCACACCUCGAGAUGUCUUCAUGGGCAAGACCAUACAUACCACGCCGCCCAAACCCGUCCUCGCCAGCGUGAAGGCGUUACAGGGCUCGCCUACCGAAUCCAUGCUUGGUCACUUGUGCCAAAGACUAUACUUGAGAUAAAACUAAUCUACGAAUACACUAGUGACCCACGUUCGUGGUCGAGACUUUUCCUUAUUAUGGCCUUUUCUCCUUGUCGUAUGCAAGACGUCCCCUGCGCAAUUCAUCACACGUGGUUUGGGGCGCAUCUGAGGCCCCUUUGAGGCGGCAAACCUUGAUCCACCUGAUGUGGCAUUUCUCCCCUUGUCGUCUAGGCCAUCGCGUCGCCGG